AUGUGGCACACAUUUAAACACUUGCUGGUACUGAUUACAGUGUUCAGUAGGAGCCAACAGGGUUAUCAUCCACAGGUCUAUCGUCGGAUUAGUAACAACCAGACCUGCUCCGUAGAAGAUCAAUUGGAUGAUCUUCAAGCUCCAACUCUCAGUUACUGUGCAGCGGCUUGCCUCUCGAAUCCAUCUUGUGGGCCUUUCAGCUUCAACAAAAGUAAUUCGAGUUGUAGUUUGUGCCACGAGGGAACCGAAAAUUACAGAUGGAAGAUCAAUACCCAUUUUUAUAUUAAAUGGAGGGAGAGCAUCAAUUAUAUAGUUUAUGAAACUGAUGGUAAAGAUAUGGAGAAUCCUUCCCCCCAGGAGAUUUGGAAAGUUGACUGCAACAAAGACGAUAAUUCGUUUAAAAAUGGAUUCAUCGUGGGUAUCUGGGACGAUAAACACGACUUUGACGACAUUGACAAAAUCAAAUGCCUGAGGUGGAAAAACAAAAACAUCGUGGACCCGCUCCAGUCGCAGCUGCUUCACGUGGGAUACGAGGACCUGCGGAGCUGUCCGAAGGGCCACGUCCUCACAGCUCUGUCCGACAAGAAUCCGGGAUUCACCGAAGUGGAACUGGGCAAGUGUAGCCCCCUCUUUGACGGAUAUAGAGUGGAUCCGGACAGGUGCGCGUCCAUAGCCACUUCCGGAAGGGACUCGGGUCCGAACUCUCCGCACGCGGCCUGGAAGGUUCAAUGCCCAGAUGACAAAUUGUAUGUUGCCGUGGCUAUCUAUAGGAAAGAAGGUGUUCACACGCAUCUUAUCUGCUGCAUUCUGACAGAUGAGUCAGGGAUAAAGAUAAAAUUGCCAUUUUAAUGUAUGCAUCUAUUAAAAUUUCAUGUUAUUUUAAAUCGAGUCAAUGAAUGUUAAGUGUUUUGCUGCAUGUAAUGCGAUACCUUUGCAAAUAUUUUAGUUUUAUAUAUAAAAGGAGUAUGUAAAAUAUGAAAAUUCGAUGUAAGCAGCAAGAUAUUGGACUAAAGAAAUAAUUUUUUCCUAUAUUAUGUAUAAAAAAAGUCUUUCAAUGGUGUAUGAAUUAUGGCUCCAUGUUUACAAGUCUUAUCUAAUGUAAAU